CCCUAUAGCAUUCAUUUGCAUUCGUUACAUGAUUUUAAAAAAAACCACAAGCAUAUUAAGUGGGCAUGUUGUGAUCUCGUUCUUGUACUUUGUAGUCAGUGCUAACAUUACUUUUACAUCACUUUGAGAUACCGUUCUUAUCUACAAAUUUAAAAGAAGUUAAAAUUUCAGGGGAUGGCACUAAAUUGAAAAAAGCUGCUAUAACUUGCUUUAAUCGAUUAUCAUCGAACAUUACUUACAUUUAAAAAAAAUCUGAAUAGUCAAUCUUCUUGUCGUGUUGUAGAAAUUUGAAGCCCACAAAUGGAGUUGGUAUUAAUACGAUCUAUAUCUUCUCUAAUAUGGAAACCCAAACAGAUUUAUUGAAAAGUUUGGAAAUUGUACAAAAAGACGUUUACUACAAGAAGGUCUUCAGAGAUUUAUAUAAUCGUAUAAACCUCUUAAAAUGCACCAACGGUUAUGUUACAAAAGGUUUGCCUGAUCUAGACGAAAACUUCAUAAACCAACAAAGCAUUUUCGACUUUGUACAUUUCUUAAAAAUUGAACAAUGGAAUCAAAUAUAUGAAUAUUUACAAUCUAAAAAAUGCCAGCCUGAAAAUGUCUCACAUUUAUUAGUUCCAUUGAAACAGCUGAUUGAAGAAUAUAGUAAUAUUACUAAGUUUCCUUCAGACGAUGCUAAGGCAGAGUUAGUUCUUGACACAAUCUUCGAAAUAGGCAAAAAGUGCAAAGACUUCACAUUGGAAGAGAAAAGAGAAAUUGCAGAAUCGAUGGUCCACUGCCUUCAACCGAUCAAGACCUACAUUGAAACCAUUUCCAGCUUGUACCGAACGAGGUUAGACUGCUACAUACUUCAAAGAAGGUCAGCCUUACAGUUCCUAGUAGAAGACUAUGCUCAAUUUCCCGUGGGAGACACAAUUUUAUUGAUAGAGUUAGAGAAAGCCAACGUGAAAGAGAGUAUUGAAAUACUUGAUGAUAUAAUCGAAGACUAUAGAGAUAUAUCAGAUUCAAGUGAUUGUGAGAGUGAUUAUGAAAGUGCUGGUGCAUCUCGAAUGCCUCAUUCUCAUUCGUGGUGGUCUAAAUAGCUAUUAAUUGCUUUAAAAAUGAACAUUAACAACUCACCAUUCAUUAUUACAUUGGAACGUGUUUUUCAAAAUGUCACUAUAUCCAAUUCCGCAAAGAUUAUAAUUAGAACAUUAUUUUCAAAUCUAUCAAGUAAUGGUAAUGAUGAAAAAUAUCUAACAAAGAAUUGCAAAUGUUUCAAAACAGAUAUUUAUUAUAUAACAAAAUUUGCUGUAGAGAUAAUUUCUAGAAACGUAUCAUUAUUAAUGGCUCGACUUACAUUUUAUGACUUUGUAAACCUGAUGAAAUUUAUAAAUGAAUUCAUAAGAUGUGAAAAGAUUAAUUUUCCUGAACUCACUAUUAAUAAUCUGUUCUCCGAGGAUACCUGUGAAAAAAUUUAUGAAGAAUUUAUGAAGAUAGCAAAAGAUAUUGAAAGUAUAAAUCAAAAUAAUCAAAUUUAUCCUGACUUCCAAAGCAUAUUUUUUUCCAUUUAUCAUUUUUUUGCGCAUAAAAAAACUCCUUUUGCACGUUCUCCGAAUUAUGAAAUGUCUGUUAAUGACUAUUAUGACUUAAUUAGGCAACUUUUGUUUGACAUUAAAGGCACUCAAGAAUUCCUAGAUUUUGAGAAUUCUCCGAACAACUUUAAAGUUUUUAAAUUUGAAAGAUAUCUAGAUAAAUUUCAAAGGCGAGUUAGGAUUGUCCUUAAGCAGCGAAACAACGGAAUCGAAUUAUCAUCUUGCUAUAUCGUUUCUACAAAAUAUUCGGGCGAUAAAGAUGGGGAUACAUACAUUCAUGAUACUCUAGUCCAGUCAACAAAUCCUAUAAAGUAGUAGAGCUAAAUUUAUUUUCUCAGUUUGGUCAUUUGAAAUGAAAAUGUAGUUUUUAUAAUUUGUUUUAACUAAGCAGAAUUGCAGAACUUUUAGGAACAUUUAAAUGUUAAGAGAAAGCUAAUUGAAACAGCAAUUAGUUCAACAUAUAUUUCUCCAACCAGGUUCUCAUUCUCCCUCAAUGUUGUAGAGAAAUCUUUAAUUCUAACUGUGACAAGAAUUUGUGGGGGAAAAUUUCUUAUUCCUUUUAUUUUAUCUCUGUUUUAAAAUAAUCAUUGCGAAAAGAAAUAUAAUUGACUUCUAAGUCAAACGAAGAGGAAUAUUUUGGUUAAAGAGUAUAUUGUAUAUAAAUGUAUAUACAUGUUUCUAUAUAUAUCAGAUUGAAGGAUAUUUAAAAUUGGAUUGUUUUAGCAUGCUGGCAGCAUUCCUAGCAAUCGAAUUAUAAAUAUCUGUCGACUGCAAAAGUAUUUCUCCAAAAAUGGUCAUUUGAAUAAACUAACAGGAUGAUGCUAAUCUCAAAAUUGAGAUUCGUUAACCAAUUCCUUUUUGAUUUAAUUGCAUAUAGAAAUUUUUUUGCUCUUUUUUUGUUUUGUUUCCAAUCUGAAAUAUAAAUUUUAUGGAAAGCCUUCUACUUUAUUCAAAAAGAACUUCAGCUAUAGAACUAUCUUUUUCACUAAUCCUGGUCUCAUAUAAAAUUUAAAAUUUCACCACAACUAAAGACGUAGCUUCAUUCGAUAAUAAAAAGUACACUUAAGAUAUUUGAUGCUUGGUAAAUCAGAAGCAACUGAAGACUUAUGUAUUUCAAUUUUUUAUGAUAUAUUUAUGUAUGUAAGAAUAGAAUAUUAUGUCAACUUUUAUUGUUUUAUAAUACUGGAAACAAUGCAUUUUUUUUCUAUUUUAUCCUCUCUUUCUAAAAAAUGAAUAAAAUAAAUAAUAUUGGCAAUUGCAUAAUUCAACUGAUAACUCUGACAAGAAAAAAGACAGUGACUGCUUUUUUUAGACAUUAAAGCUCAAAAAAUGGUGGUUUUCCAAUUCUUGCACUUCUAUCUUCCAUACGCUCAUUAUAAUUUAAUUUAUGAUUUAAUGAGUAAAGAUUUUACACAAAAAAAAUUUUAAUCAAAAUUUUAACUUCACUUAAAAGCAUUUUUAGCGUGAUGGAAGAAAAUUAAAAGAUAUUAAAAACUAUAAAACGUGAUAUGAACUAGCAUUCGCACUUUUUUCAAUUCGUUCAAAGAUUAGCGAACAAAUAUCAAUUUUGUUCGCUAAUCUUUGUUCAAGAAUAGGCAAAAUUUGGCUGCAUAGAAAUUUCACUUUUCUAAAUGAAUUAAACUAUUUUAAUUAUUCACCCUUCUAGUCUGGAACGCAAUUGGUUCGAACUGAAAGAAAACAAUAUUAAAUGAAUUUUCUUUAAUAAAUCCUUUAAAAGUGAAAAUUUUUGACAAUUUUAGCAAUUCUUAACAUGUUGGUGCCAUAAUUUUAUGAUAAUGAAUACAAUUGUUAUAAUCUCUGAAUAUGUAUGUUUGAUAUGUGCCAGGCUGAACUAGAUCAGUAACUUAAUCAUAUGUUUUUCGUAAAUGUGUUCAAUCAUCUUUACUUAAAUGUUUUCUGUUUCAUAUUUUUUGUGUACUGUGAUCUGUUUUGUAUGUUUUUGCAGUAAAUAAAUAUUUCAUUAUUAUGAAAACGUGUAUUUCUCUAACUUGAAAUAAAUACUUUUGAUUACA